AUGUCAGGAGAGCCGAGCUUCACAUCUUCUGUUUCUGUAUAUGAGAAGCUGGCACAGACGAUGCAGGAUGUAACGGGAGACAGAGGCGUUUUAAAGGAGGUUAUACGAGCCGGAGGCGGUGACAAGGUUGUUCCUGAUGCUACAGUCAUUUUGAAGCUAACUGGAUAUUUGGAACAUUCUGACGUACCAUUUGAAAAUAAUAGCUUUCGACGUAACCCCCCGCUAAUGAAGCUUGGUGAAGACAUCACCCUCUUGGGUUUGGAGAUCAGUCUGCUGACCAUGCAGCGUGGAGAACUGUCUCGGUUCCUUUUUUCUCCAAAAUAUGCAUAUGGGGAAAUGGGAUGUCCUCCUCUUAUACCGCCCGCUGCCACCGUUCUUUUUGAAAUAGAGUUAUUGGACUUCCUGGAUACAGCAGAAUCUGAUGAAUUUUGUAAUUUACCUCCGCUCCAACAGUCAGCAUUCCCCAUUGAAAAGGUCCUGAAAACGGCUACUACGGAAAGGCAGUUUGGAAACUACCUCUUCAAACGGAACAGGUUUUAUGAUGCUAAAGAUAGAUAUAAACGGGCCUUCUCAUGUCUGUCCCGUAAAGACACUUCAGAGGAAGAAAAUGCACAGCUUGAUGCUGCUCGUCUGCUUGUGGACUUGAAUUUGGCACUUACUUAUCUGAAGCUGGAGCGCCCCUCUACUGCUCUGAAGUGGGGAGAGAAGGCGUUGGCCAUAGACAACAAAAACGUAAAAGCUUUGUUUCGCUGUGGCCAGGCUUGUCUUGAACUGAAAGAGUAUAUGAAGGCUCGCACCUUCCUUCUGAGGGCUCAGAAGUUGGAACCAUUCAAUUUGGAAAUUAACAGUGAGCUGAAGAGGUUGUCAAGUUUGUACAAAGAGUACAUGGAUUGCCAGAGGGAGAUGUGUGGUCGUAUGUUUGCUUCUCCUUCAUCUACCACCGUGCAGCAUUAA